AUGAAGGAACGAUUGAGUGCUUUCCACCUCAGCUGCGUUCCUGAGUACUUAACAUUCCUCAAAACCUUUAACAUCCUUUUCUAUGGCUAUGGCGAUAAGUCAGUACUUUUAAGGAGAAUGUUUCCUAAAGCAAACUUUAUAAAUGCUUAUCCCGCUGCUCUCUCUAAGAGUAGAACCAACAUAAUCCUGAAAUUUGACUUUAGAAACGCAGAUCCAGACAGCUUUCCAAAGAACAACGUCAUCUGCACCUUGGAUACGAUGGACCCUACCAAGAUUAGCUUCUGUGAUGAGGAUCUUGAAGAUUUUAACUUCAUAAUGAAGGACCUGACCACGUACAUGCCCUAUGAAAACAUAGUGGAAAAAUAUCGGGCUGAAAUUGACAUUGGAAAUCUGCUGAACAAUGUGCCCAAGCGUAGCAAAAAUCUUUUUAAAAUUUUCAUCAAGCUGUGUGAGGGUAACCUCGUUCUCAUCACCGAUUUGCUAAACGUAGCAAAAAAAGAGAUGUUUAUAACCAGUGCCAAGACCGUGUACCAGCUGUUCGGUGAAUUUGUGGAUCACCAAAUCAUCAAGUACAAGGAGGAUAAAAUAGUGCUACUGGUGAAAAAAGAGAAAAUACUGAGUUGCAUGGUUGAUUGAGCAAGUGAGGUGUUGCACGUGCCUAUUGAUGUGAACCAGCAUUUUAUAUGAAGGUGUGCUUGUCCAGCACUUUUAAUAAAAGUGAUGUUUACCGUACUGCACAUCCACAAUCGUUCACCGAAUGGGUACUUUUACUGCAAAAUACAGUCUGGCAGACCGCCGGGCCAUUUCACGAAAAAAUACACCAGGUCUUUUAUGCAAAGAUUAAAACUGACCAUUCAGCUUCCGAGUUGCCUUUUUAUUGUAUGAUGAAUGGACUGUAACAAACAAUUUUAAAUGCCGAGAUGAUUCCUUGUACGCAGGUGCAAGCGCCAUG